UUUUAAAUAGCGCUUUCACUACCGAAGAUACGAGGGGUUUGGACUUAGUAAAGAGUGCUAUAAAUGCGACUGUGAAUCGAUUGGCAGUACGAGCCCGCAGUGUUCAGUAGUUGGUGGUCAGUGUCCAUGCACCAAGGGGUCUGCAGCAGGCGCAGAAGUGGUUGGAAGACGUUGUGACCAAUGCRAAGGCAGACAGAGCGAAAUCAUGAAAACCAAGGGUUGUGUUGUCAUCAAUACAUCUUGUCCUCGCUCGAUGGCCGAGGAUAUUUGGUGGAAGAGAGGAGCAUUUAACAAGAUGGCGAAGCAGAAGUGUCCUUUUGGAGCAUCUGGUGUUGCGACUCGAUUCUGUGAUCAAGAAAAAGGAUGGCAAAAACCGAAUUUAAUGGACUGUGUGUCGAAUUCAUUUCUUACGCUAAGAACGACGGUAAGCGUGCCUUUCGUGGAGUUCUAAGAAACAUAGCAUAUAAAUGUAUUGGCGAGCUUAUACUUAAAGGGUCACGUGCACCCAAGAACCUUUGCGCCAUUUCUCACACACGAAAAGACGACAUCUUUGAUUUUGAACCAUUGAGAGAGCAACUCACUCAGACACUAGUUUUUAACUCAAAACGAUCGCAAAGGUUUUUGGGUGCAAGUUAGCCGUGAAUGAAUAAAAAAAUGCAAGGAGUGAAA